CCUUAACGUUGUCGGCGAACGACAGUGAACGGGCUGGUGAGUCUCUCGCGAUUCGUGCUUUGAUCUCACGGCGAUCAAUUCGACCUCGGGAUUUUCGCGAGAUGAACGCCGCCUAAAUUAGCCAACUAGGCUGAGGUGUGCGCGCGUGCAUUAUAGCCCGACGUGCACGAAAAGAGAGUGACUGGUUUCGAGAAAGUGACACAUUUUUCUUCAUCUGCCUUACUUUGAGAUAGUGCGAAGAUUUCGCUUUGAUUACAAGAUUGUGGCGAGGAUGUAAUCGCGAAACAUCCGCCCUAAUCGCGUACAGAGUUGCGUACAGAGCACGAGAAAGGGAAGAUGCAGUCUUCCACCUGCCAGCAGCAACAAGCACAACCAGGUCAGAACGGAACCUCCGCCAGCAGGACGUCGUUCCUCAUCGAGGAUAUCCUUAGUCGCGGCACCGUCACUCCCCAUCAUCCGCAUCAUCAUCAAUUGCAUCAUCAGCAUCAUCUGACAUCGACUUCCGCACACGGGCAGCAUCAUCAAUAUCAGCAGUUUGCCAGUCUGUUACCCGGUUAUCCCGCGGCGCCGCCCGCUGCGGCGGCCUUCUUCCUGGGUCCGCUCUUCGGUAGCGCCGGUAUGGGAGUCGGCGUGGUACCGGGGGUCGGGGAGCUAGCGGCCUUGAAGCAUUGUCGGCGACGAAAAGCUCGAACCGUGUUCAGCGACCAACAACUGGCAGGUUUGGAAGCCAGAUUCGAGGUACAGAGAUAUCUGAGCACGCCCGAAAGAGUAGAGCUCGCGGCCGCGUUACACCUGUCCGAGACUCAGGUGAAAACGUGGUUCCAAAAUCGACGGAUGAAACAUAAGAAGCAAUUGAGGAAACAGAGCAUAAGCAGCGGGAGCAAUUCCAAUUCGGGACAACAAUCGAUAUCCGUUACAUCGCCUGCUGAACGUCCGGUAGAUUUUUCGCUGAGCGGCGGACGCGAAUCGCGCGCGAGCAGCGACGCGCCCGCAGAUUCCGACGACGAGGACGACGACGAGAUCGACGUGCUGGGCGACGAGACGCCGUCGCCGACCCCGACGCCGACGGCGACUCCGGCACCAACCCCGACAUCGACACCGACGUCGACGCGGAGCGGCGCUCCGUCCAGACGCUCGGGCACGCCGCCGAGGACUCACCACGGGGCGAUUCAUCCGCAGCAUCCUCACCCGCACCUGAUCGGCCUCCAUCAUCAGCCGCAUCAUCAGCAUGGCAACAGUCAACAUUCCGCCCAACGUCCAACGCAUCGCUGAGACACGUUUUGAUCUCGAGACGUUCCCUCUCGUUUUUCUUAUCCGGAAUAAUACGGCAACAUAUACGUAGAGAAGAAAAAAAGAUAAUCCUCGCACGUUCGAGAUAGAAUAUUUCGAGCGGAUUUAUCGAAAUUUUAAGAGCUAAAGCUUCGCCGCGUAACACGGAGAAC